UCCAGCUUUUCCAGCCACCUGAAUCCAACGUAACCCACUAACGCGGUGUGUGUGGAGUGUGUGUAAGAGCAAUCGAGCCUUGUUUACAGCGCCGGGGCUGCGAUAACGGGAGCUCCACUUUACUAUACGCGCUUAUCGGAAAUCAUAACGAUGAUGGAGAUAAUAACAUCAGCGAUAAUCAGACCGCUUUAGUUCUGUCACCUGCCGUGUGUUUGCUCGCUCACUGCUCAUUUCUGCGUGGAAAUAAACACCUAGCUAAUUACUACUAGCCGUGCCGUGCUAACGGAGCUGAGCUCCCAAUUCAAAAUCUCAGACUCGAGCGGACGGAGUGAAAACGCGAGGAAAAGGACGGAGAAGGAGGAAAAACGGCGCUGCGGCGGUUCUUUUUCACGCCUCUUUCGGAUUAUUAUUUAUUAUUUUUUUUUAUUUUGUUUUUUCUCCAUCUUCUCAAUCACUCCCAGUCUCACUCCCAAAUUACCAAGUUAGGAAAGUUGCCCCUUCGCAUUCGUCGGAUGAAAAUUAAUCCCCCCGAAUGCAUAUGAGCGACCCUCCGACAUCCAGCGUCUCACCCAGCUAGUUAGCCGUUAGCUCGCCGCGCGCACGGUUUCCCAUUGGACCGGCUACAAGGCGGCUAGCUCGGUUCAGCUAGCCCCGCAAAGAAAUGGAGUCGGAGGAUGCGGGCUUUCAAAUUCAUUCGUCAACGUGUGCGGGAAUUCGGAUAUACAUCGGCUAGCGUCUUUCAGGGAUAAUUGAAAAGCGACUAUCCGCAGCCUAACCCGAGCUCAGUAACUAAACCCCAUGCUGAAGUCAAAAGGCGAGCUAAACCGGCUAAGCUAACUGGACUCCAAUUGAAAUUCCUAUACGCAUUAGGCUAAACAAGCCAAGCUAGCGGUACUGAGUGUGUGUGAGAGAGAAAGAGAGUAGAUUUUCAGUUAGAAUUUUUUUUUUGGACAAUAAAAAUACACCAGAAAUAUACAGAUAACCGAAAGUAAUCUCUUUUUUUUUCUUUCAAUUAAAUUUUUUAUUGGAAAAGGCUACAAAUAAUUAUAGUCGGCUGGCUAUAUUUCGGUGUCAUUUUUUUUUUCUUUAGUUACUUUUUCAUCCAGUGUUUACAGGAAUGAGGUGUUGGACAGCCAGGACUCAUUUGUCCUCAUGUUGUGCUCUGCUGCUGCUGCUGCUGUCCCUCUCAGUUCACUGCCAGUGGCCCUCAAAUGACGGAAUCUGCAGUCCAGGCAUCGACAUUGGGAAUGACAUCAGCGACUUCAAGAAGCUGGAGAACUGCACGGUGGUCGAGGGCUACCUGAAGAUCCUUCUCAUCGUAAACAAGAUCACCGAUCAGGAGGUCUUCCGCACGCUCAGUUUCCCCAAGCUGACAAUGAUUACAGACUAUCUGCUCCUCUUCCGUGUCCCCGGGCUGGACAGCCUGAGCACGCUCUUCCCGAACCUGUCGGUGAUCCGAGGCCGCAAUCUCUUCUACAACUACGCGCUGGUCAUCUUCGAGAUGAACAACUUGAAAGACAUCGGCCUCUACAGCCUGCGCAACAUCACUCGCGGCGCCAUACGGAUCGAGAAGAACCCGGAGCUCUGUUACUUGGAUUCCGUCGACUGGUCUCUGAUCAUGAAUGCAGACUUAAACUUCAUCGCUGGAAACAAGCAGGCGUGCGCAGACGUUUGCCCGGGGCUCGUGGAGGACAGUCCGAAGUGCAUCAAGACCAACUUCAGUGGUGUCUCAAACUACCGCUGCUGGACUUCCGACCACUGCCAGAAAGUGUGCCCGGAGCGAUGUGGGCAGCGGGCAUGUACGUAUUCAGGAGAGUGCUGCCACGCUCAAUGCCUGGGCAGCUGCACAUCACCAGACAGUGCCACGGCCUGCGCCGCCUGCCAGCACUACUCCCACGAAGGCCGCUGCGUGGAGCGUUGUCCUCCGGGCAUGUACAUAUUCGAGGGCUGGCGCUGCAUCACCUUAGAAAUGUGCUCCGAGAUCCACCUGCCUUACUCGGAGCGCUUCGUCAUCCACGGGGGCGAGUGCAUGAUGGAGUGCCCACCUGGCUUUAAUCGUGAAAACAGUCAGAGUAUGUUCUGCAGUGCUUGUGAUGGCUUGUGCGACAAGGUGUGUGACGGGAAAGACAUCGACUCCGUGGACGCUGCACAGUCCCUAAAGGACUGCACUGUUAUUAAUGGCAGCCUGCGCAUCAACAUCCGGCGUGGCAACAACAUCGCGUCUGAGUUGGAGAACUUCCUAGGCCUCAUCAAGACCGUGACGGGAUGUGUGCAGAUUUCUCAUUCCCCCACUCUGAGCUCGCUGUCCUUCCUCAAGAGUUUAAACCACAUUAAUGGGAAGGAGCUCUGCGAUAACAUGUAUGCCUUCUCAGCGUUUGAUAACCAGCACCUCCAGUUUCUGUGGGACUGGUCACAGCACAAUCUGACCAUUCAUGCAGGGAAACUCUUUUUCGGCCGGAACCCCCACCUGUGCAUGUCCGAGAUCCGCAAGAUGUGGCUGAAAACGGGCAUCAAGGAGAAGUUUGUGGAGGAGGAUUUCCGCAACAACGGAGGCCGUGUGAACUGUGAACGUAAAAUUCUGAAGUUCAUAAACAAUAGCACUGGGAGUAACACAAUAGCGCUGACAUGGGAACGCUACAAACCGCCGAAUUACAGAGGCCUCAUCAGUUUCGAAGUGUACUACAGAGAAGCGCCUUUUCAGAACAUCUCAGAGUUUGACGAUCAGGACGGUUGUGGGUCCAACAGCUGGAUGAUGGUGGAUGUGGACUCACCGCAGGACCAAAAUAGAAACCCCGAGGUCCUUCUGUCAGGCCUUAAACCCGUGACGCAGUACGCCAUCUUUUUGAAGACUGUAACUUUGGUAGUGGAGGACAUAGACACACACGUUCUGGGGGCCAAGAGCAAGUUGGUCUAUAUUCUCACUAAGCCUAAAGUACCUACAAUGCCUGUUGAUAUCCGUGCCUACUCCAACUCAUCCACGAGCCUGGUGGUUCAGUGGUCUCCUCCGGUCUCUCCCAACGGGAAUCACAUCUACUAUCUACUUCGUUGGCAACAGCUGGAAGAAGACCGUGAGCUCUACCAGCACAACUACUGCUCUAAAGAGCUGAAGAUUCCCAUCAGAUUCUCCACAGGGCUGGCAGACGUCAUCGGGAACAUGAAGCCCACCAAUUCAGACUCAGCAGGGCAGAACAAAAGCCUUUGCUGCCACUGCCCUAAAUCAGAACUAGAUCUCAAAAAGAACAGGGAAGACAUCAUCUACCGUAAAGCCUUUGAGGACUUCCUCCAUAACAGCAUCUUCCAGCCGAGACCGAGCCUUCGUCACCGCAGGGACAUAUUCGGAGAGGCUAACUCCACUUUCCUACACGCACUGCUCGGUGACAGCGGGAGCCUAGGUGAGGUAAACUCCUCAGCCCCAGAGCCACGUACACGAGAGUUUCAUGAGAGAAAGGUAGAAGAAACAAGCGUCGAAAUUCAAGGCCUAAAGCCAUUCACUGUGUACCGCAUCGACCUGCACGCUUGCAACGAGGAGAUCCAGCAGUGCAGCGCACCUGCCUUCGCCUUCCCCCGCACCGAACCAGCAGACAAAGCUGAUGACAUCCCAGACAAAGUGACGUGGCAUAAUGUGGAUGACUCUGUGAUAAUGAAAUGGCCUGAACCAGCACAACCCAACGGCCUCAUCCUGCUCUACGAGAUCCAGUUCCAUCUGGGAGGCGAGCUGGAGAAGCACGAGUGUGUGUCCCGUCAACACUAUAAGGAGCAUCACGGUGUUCGGCUCACUAACCUCGGUCCUGGUAACUACUCGGUCCGCGUGAGGGCCACCUCACUGGCUAGAAAUGGCUCGUGGACAAACCCUGUCGUCUUCUACGUCCCACAGGCUGAACGCUAUGAGAACCUGCUCUACUUAAUGUUCAUCCCCAUUGUGCUGAUCGUGUUCGUUGCAGUGACCAUGUUUGUGCUCAAUAAGAAGAGGAACAGUGACAGGCUGGGAAAUGGAGUCUUAUACGCCUCAGUCAACCCAGAGUACCUCAGUGCGACUGAAGUGUACGUCCCUGAUGAAUGGGAGGUAGCACGGGAAAAGAUCACCAUGAGCAGAGAGUUAGGCCAGGGCUCCUUUGGCAUGGUGUAUGAGGGCAUCGCCAAGGGUGUCGUCAAGGAUGAGCCUGAAACCCGGGUGGCCAUCAAAACAGUUAACGAGUCCGCCAGCAUGCACGAGCGCAUCGAGUUCCUCAACGAAGCCUCCGUCAUGAAGGAGUUCAACUGUCACCAUGUGGUGCGUCUCCUUGGCGUGGUCUCUCAGGGACAGCCCACUCUAGUCAUUAUGGAGCUGAUGACACAGGGCGAUCUGAAGAGUUAUCUACGCACACUACGAGCCAUCAAGAGCACAUCGAGCCUGCCUUUGCCCCCGCUGAAGAAAAUGAUUCAGAUGGCAGGAGAAAUUGCAGACGGCAUGGCAUACCUUAAUGCUAACAAGUUUGUCCACCGAGACUUGGCAGCCAGAAAUUGCAUGGUGGCUGAAGACUUCACUGUCAAAAUUGGAGAUUUUGGCAUGACGCGAGACAUUUACGAGACGGAUUACUACAGAAAGGGUGGGAAGGGCUUGCUGCCUGUGCGCUGGAUGUCUCCCGAAUCCCUCAAAGACGGCGUCUUCACCACCAUGUCUGACGUGUGGUCUUUUGGUGUGGUGUUAUGGGAGAUAGCCACCUUGGCAGAGCAGCCCUAUCAGGGUAUGUCCAACGAGCAGGUUCUGCGCUUCGUCAUGGAGGGAGGUCUGCUAGACAAACCUGACAACUGCCCCGAUAUGAUGUUUGAGCUGAUGCGCAUGUGCUGGCAGUACAACCCGAAGAUGCGUCCCACCUUCCUGGAGAUCAUCAGCAGUAUCAAGGACGAUCUGGAACCCAAUUUCAAGGAGGUGAGCUUCUUCUACAGCGAAGAGAACAAGCCGCCAGACACGGAGGAGCUGGACCUGGAGAACCUGGGCACCAUGGAGAACGUUCCCUUGGAGCCCUGUGCCAAGGCCCCAGUUCCCUCACCCACACCCUCCUCGCCUUCCUCGGGCACAGACAAACGCUGCUCCAACGGGCCGGUACUUCUGCUGCGAAGCCCUUUCAAUGAGGCACAGCCUUACGCGCACAUGAAUGGGGGCAGGAAGAACGAGCGCACGUUGCCCUUGCCCCAGUCGUCAGCAUGCUGAUGCCAGCCUGCCUACUUUUUAUCCUCUUUUCUUAGGUCACGUUAAGCCUCGCUGGCACUCCAGAGAACUCCCGCUCCACUCUGUCUAAUCACCACGUCCUCUCUGGAACCGAGUGCCACGAAGGAAACCUCGACAGAAAGGCGUCGAGGCUGUCAACCUCUCAUCAUACCUCAGUGACGCAGUUUGUUUUUCUCUUUGUGUUGCAACCUGCGUUGACUGACAGACAGGUGGCAACCUUCACCGCCAUCACUAUAGAAGCACGGCAAACACUGACCGGGAAGAGAAAAAACAAAACCCUGAAACAAUAUGGAACACACACAGUAACUUCCAAGGAGCGCACACUCCCUCCUUUUAUAGUGUUUUUGUUACUUUUAUACAUUUCCAAAUAGGGAAUUUCACAUUUAGGGUCUUGUCUGAAAUCAGUCAUGGUGAGGUGGCAUUAUUGUAAAUCAGAAUUUAAUUGCGCAUAUUCUUAAUCUUUAUUCCAACAGAGAGGCACUUUGUGUUUUAGGUGUCCAAAGACAUGAUAGCUCUUUAAAAAAAAAAAAAAAAGGAAGAAAAAAAAGUGCGUGUCGGUGGGCGCCAUUAACAUGGAAUCUCAUCUAACAAACCGUGAGACUCCGCCCACUCUGUGUAUCUACUCAAUAGUAGAGCAGAAAGUUUCAAACCUGCCAUCAUCUUUUUACAAAAAAAAUAUAAUAUACUCUUUUUUUUUUUUCUUUUUCUUUUUUUUCUUGCCGUAUUUCUUGCUGCGCUUGAAUGUGCACAAAAGCAAAUAUGACACUCCACAUUUUUUUUUACACUGGUGUGUAUAUAUCUUAUCUAUCUAUAAAUAUAUACCUAUUUUUUUCAGCUCUUCUUGUGCUUAAUUGAUUUAUGAUCAAUGCAGAGGUUUUUCACCAGAUUGCCUCCUGUUUAUUUUCCUGACCAGGUUUCUGUCUCAUACAUUCGAUUCUACUGCAAAACUUCCAGCCACGUUCAGAAAGAAACAGGAGGAGGGGCUGUUGGGUCGCAGAAGUGAAAACAAGAUCCUAAAAAGGCCUAACAUGCAAUUAACCACAUAGCAAAAAAACAAAAACAAAAAAAAAGGUACCUGGAAGAGAUUAAGGCAAGCACAGUGUAAUUGAAGGGAUCUAGAGCGUCGUGAAACCAUCUCAGUCGGUCAAACGUUGGACCACAGAGCAAACACGUCAUUCUUCAUCAUCUGUCACUUUUCUACCUUUUUUACGGUUCAAAUGAACUUCUGUAUGUCUGUACUGAAAGAAGCUGCUAUUUUUUUCUCGUUUUCUUUUGUGGUUGUAAUAUAUAUAUCUAUAUGUAAAACAGAUCCUUCGGGUUAAAUCCUUUAGUGUCCACUACCAUCUUGUACUUUUGCAUAAGAAAUAUAUACUAUUUAUAUUUUCUGCCCCUUUUUCUUUUUCUCCAUCCACAUUAGAGUGCAUUCGUUUCAGAAUGGGUUUUUUUGUUGUUCUCUUUUGGCAUAGAUUAAAAAAAAAAAAACAACAAAAAAAAAAAACACAACAGUACAAAUUCACUUCAUUGUGGAAUUCAUGGUGGCAGACUCUAUUAGCAGUUAAACACUGUGUCUUAUCAAAUCAGAUUCUCAGGUUAAAUCCAAACCAUCAUUUCAAGCACCUUAAACAUGUUAAAGAUAUUUUUGUUUGUUUGUUUCCAUCACAAUACAAUCCUGUUACAUACUGCAGGAAUAGGAUUAAAGGAAUCGUUUGGCCAAAAAUUAAAUUUGCUCCAUUUUAAACAAAAAAAAAAGUUGUUUUUUUUUUGUUAUUAGGGAUGCAUCAAUACCAUUUUUACCUCCAGACCAAGUACGUGUGUUUUUGCUACUCACUGAUACUAAUACCGAAAUGAGUAAAAUACCGAGUAUAAAGCAAUCAGGGGCAUCAUGGAACAUUUUCUUUAGCUUUAUGUCGCUAGCUGCACUGUGCUCCUGGUAAUGACCUCAUGAGUUGUAUGUUUAAGAUGUCAUGAUGUUUAAACAUGAUCUUUUAGUAAAGAACGCGAGAGCACAAAGAGCAGCGAUCGUUCAAAACGAGUGCCGUCAAUUAUACAAAGAGGAACGCGUACGUUUUUAUAAGUCUCAGUGCUCGCAGAACUGAACUGCUCUUACACACCUUGCACUUGUUUUUAGUGACCAGAUGCUGUUGAUAUUUUUGCAGAGCACAGUGUGCAGGCUGCUUUGCUUUCUUUCGCCAUCAUUAAUUUGUCAGACAUGUCUGGAAAGUUGUCAUGUCACUUCAUCUGUUUAUUAACCUGGCAACAUGCACUGAGCUGACGUCGUGUAGUGAUGUCGUCACACGGUUUCAGAUGUUGACGUCGGAGCUACGAGUAUGAGUAAACGCGCAUGGUAUCAAACCAGUAACUGGUAACUGUAUCGGUUUUGAUGCAUCCCUAAGUUUUUACCUUAACUGCGAAUGACCAGUCGAGACAUGGUGCUCGGUGUCCUGCUUUAUUAACUCUGUGCAGUUUGAGAGAGGUGUAUGAUUUAGCAUGUAGGCUGUAUGAUGGUAAACAGGUCAUGAUAAGCUUCUCUUACUUUAGUCUUUUAGUGCUCCAGUGCAUAAAUCAAUAAAGAAGGUGUUUCUGGCACUAAACGUGCUCCUUGCCAUGUAAGUUUGGUGCUUGUGUAAGUUGAAUUUUUGGCUGUUAUUUAAUUAGUGACUGACACUGCCGCCAUGCUUAUGGAAACCCAUUGAACUGCCUGCUCGCAUAAACAUCAUCAAAAGAAGCAUUAAAGAGAUGAUUAGGCAAAUCUAUGCAGAAAUUGUGCUCACAUAAUAUAGUGGUCCCUUUCAUCCAUUUCACAAUCAAAAACUUUGACUCGUGCCAGUUUUUUUUUUUCCUCCUUCCUUCAGUUUUUCCUCUUCCUCCUCUAUUUGUAUCAUUAUUUAUUUUGAUUUUUAUUUUUUUUUGUGAUGUGUUUAAAAUCACUGUAAAAAUCCCCCUUGUGUUUGAGUUAUUUUUCAAUUUUUUUUUCAUGGCUUUGGGACUUGUUUGUUUCUCCUUCAAGCAUUUAUCUACCUCACCCUUUUUUUUUAUAUAUAUAAAUAUAUGAACCUGUAUAUAAAGAAAAUUCAUCAGAUUUCUUUUCCCCCCAGCCAAAAAAAAGGACUCUGUAAGUGCUCUGUGUAUGUGAGUAAACCUCAAACACUACCAACCACGGCCUGGCGGCGGAGGCGCGCUGGCAUUGUGGAGGUUCGGACAAACUGGCUGCUUUCUUGCAUCCCUAUACGGUUUCCAAUUUGUUCCUUAUUUAUUUUAGAAAAAAAGGCCUUAUAAGUUAGCUUCAAAUGUGCUGGAACGUUGUUGACAUUUAAUUUAUGCCUCUUUUGUCUUGCUGAGACGGGGGAAAACGGUACUGAGACGUCAGAGUGAAACGGUCCUUUAUUCAUCAAGAUGGGUUUUUUUUGUUUGUUUGUUUUUGUUUGUUUGCUUUUCCCCCACAAUUGUUCACCAAGUUCUAUGUUUUCUCUCAAGCUUUAUUGUAAUUGUAAGUUCAUUAUUGAGUAUUGUGUUGGAAUUUAAACAUGAAUUGAAAAUCGAUUGCCGAGAACGUUGUCGACUGUAUGUUGGUGGCUUCUGAGUCAGUAUUGUUUGAAUGGCUUCUGGUGAAUUUAGAUGUUUUGUGCCGGGCGUCGGAAAGCUGAACCACUUUAGAAAUGGGUGAAAUUGUAAGACGAUUGGACCGAGAGUUUAAAGGACAUGACACUAAAUUUGCUCUUGCCUUUAUACAUUAUGCAGCCAACAAUCAGAACCGAUAUGGCUUGGUUAAAAGUGAAACGGGUUGCUGCAGAAAACAGUAGCUAUUAGUCCUCAUCAUUGCUCUCUCUUUACUCAACUGCCUUAAAAUUAGGCAUGUGCUGAUAUUCAGUUUGGAUAUCAUGAGAAGUUCUGACCUUUCAUCGCGGUUAAUGAUGCGGCCUCCUGUCUUCAUGCAUCUCUUGAUAGCCUUCAUCCUCCCCAGCUGGAAGCUGACGUAUGACGGGAGAGCUUGCUGGUGCGUGGGACUUGAUCCAGACUAAAUUGGGGAGAAAAUCAGGGGAAAAUGUUUUUAUUGACUUCCUAAUUUUGCCUCGACCUUCUGCAGAGAUCGUGUUGGGUAAGGAGCCAGUUUAACAAACAUGAUUGUGAAAAGUCAGUGUACCUAACGAUGUGCCAUUACUUUACACAGCAGAGGUCCCGAUUUGAUCAAGUUGUUGGAUAGCUGUGUGCCGUAGUGUAAUGCUCAUAAGCUUAAUCAGUUCCAUUUAUGCUAGCUCUUAAAAUAUCCAGGAUGCCCCUGUGCCUUCUCGUUAUCAAACUAGAGAAGAGCCUUUACGUACUCUGGCAAGAAGCAAAGUUUUAAAAUAUUCAAAUGAACCUAAUAAUAAUACCACCGGAACAAAUCUGACCGAAUGAAUCGGCCGUUAUUUCCGCAGCUAUGUUAGAGUGAACAAAGUGACCACGCGUCACAUUUCCCAUCGUAAACCUAUAAUUCGUUGAGAUUGGACAUCAUUUGUAUCUCAUUACGUUAAAUACAAACGAAAUAAAUAAGCAGUAACUGCUUUCAGUGCAAUUCUUUGAAAUCUUACAAUGCAGUUUUUUCCCUUUUCUCUUUUAAUAUUUAAGAAUGCUAGAGCUUCAGGUUAAGAUGUAUACAAAAGCUAAACAUAUUUACAAUCUAUACAGUUUAUAGGAGAGAACGUCAGAAUUUGCGCAUUUGAAGGGAUUUCCCAGGUCACAACAUAUUUAUCCAGCUUUGAAAGAUCAGAUCUUUUCAUUCAGGACCGACGUUAUCUCCUUAAACCGUCACUCCGAUGACAUGUAUGGGUACUGAGAAUGUUCUGUUAAAUAUUGCGAUAUAUCACAGAUUAUCAGCACAUGCCUACUUCACACAGAAUGGUAAAGCCAUUUAGGACUGAUGCUGCAACUGAAAGCUAGGAUUGAAGGACAGAUGGUACAAAAUUUUGACGCUGGACAAGCUCUAACAUCGCCCUGAUGAUCCUACUCUUUCAGUAGCUGUCCAUCCUUAAACAUACUGUCCCCUCUGAAAGUACUACUACUGUCCCCUACUGUAACUGCAAGGUCAACUCUUGGUUGUUAGUACUUGUCUGGUUGAUACACCAGUGGUUUCAUCCUUUUUCAGGACAAUCCAAAUUGUUGUAUUGGCUAUGCCCAAUGUUUGUGCAAUGCCUCUGAUUGAUCUUCCUUUCUUUUUUCAGCUUCAAAAUGGCUUGCUUUCUCCCACAGACAGCUCUCUGGUCUUCAUGUUGGUUUAUCCUUUUUAACGACAAAUGCAGUCUUCACAGGCAAAACCUUGGGCUCAAACCUAGACUAGACAUUCAGAGCUAUUCGUUCUUUAAACAGUCAAUCUAACGGGGCACACCUGGGCAACAAGAAACACCUGUCAGUCACAUAUUCCAGUAUUUUUUGGUGGGUUCAAACUAAAGGAGCCAUGUUCUAAGUUGUUUAAUACAUCUAGAUGUAAAUAUGAGGAAAUGAAAGCUGAAAUUCUGAUCUGUCGUCUUAUAUUCAUCUUUUGAUCUCAAACGCAAAUUUAUUCAGUGUGUAGGGGGGGAACCCCAAAGUUUUGGCCUUGCCGUUCCAGUACGUUCAGAGCGGACUGUAAAGUCACUUCAAAUUUGUAAUACCAUUCUGGGUCCUGGGUCAGAUUGCCAUUGGGCUCGGUUUCCUCAGGGCUUCUCUGCUCUGCUGCUCAUCACACUGCUGCUCCCCAUCACUCACCUUCUGCAUGACUGAUUCUGGUCCUCACACUGUACUCUACCGGUACAUGCUUUUCACUAAGAGCGGGGCAAUGAUGUGGAUUAGAAAUGAACUCCUAGUUCUCGAAAUAAAGAUUUUAUUCACUUUAUUCCAUAUAGACAUUUUUUUAACCAAUGAACAUUGAUAUUUGUACAAAAAAAAUAAUAAUAAUAACAAUAAAAUAUGGGGUUAUUAAAAAAAAGAGAGAAAUAUAUAGUUUAAAGAUAUUUAACAAAGGAUAAGAAAUAUAUUCUAGAUAUGGAGCUCAAGAUGUUGUGUAUAGAGAAGGUGGAACAUGAGGAAGGUCUGUGGUCCAAGCUGCUUCUUCAAGCCUGGAUGGUUCCAAGUUUAAAGAAAAACAGGUACUUUAUAAACAUUUUUCAUGUAUUGUUUUGCAGAAGAAAAAAAAAAUAGAAAGGAAAAUGUGCCCCAUGAAUAUGACCGAUGUUAAUGAUGGUUUUGUUUAUAGUGGCACAUUGCUGGUUUUUUUUGUUUUUUUUUUAAACGUGUGUGCGCGAGUGUGUAUGUGAUAUUUGCUACGAAAAAAAAAAUAAAUUCAGCUCACCAGCUUUGUCA